AUGAGCUUGCUCGCAUUCUCCUCCGGCUCCGCUACUCGGCACCCACUCACUCUCUUUUUCCUGCUCGACGCCGUCUGCCACAGGCUUGCUGUUGCGUUUGUUCUUGCCGCCCUAGUUGCGCUCGCGUCUGCCCAGGACUGGAAGGUGGACAAGGUGUACACUUCGAGCACCUGUGCCGACAACGACCAGAUCGGCGUUUCCGUCAACCAGAACCCGUUCUGCACUGCGUCCGACUGCGCCAAGAUCGGCCAGUCCAACUUUUACUCCAAGACCACCUGCGAGGCUGCCGCGCCUGCCGUCUCCAACUUCCCCUACAUCCUCCGCGUCUUCGACGAGACUGACCCCUCGUGCGACAUCUCCAACGUGACUUCGAUUGUGGCUUCGACCCGCCAGUGCGCCCCGCAGGUCGGCGGUACCUCGAACACCCUCACAAAGGUCGGCUCGAACAUUGAGGUUGCCGGCUGCUCCGGGACCAACUGCGGGCAGUGCGGCAGCGACAAGACCGCCUACCCUAUCGACACCUGCGGUGAGGUCAAGACCGGCGACACCGUCGAGGGCAACGGCUAUGCUAGCUACGUUGCUCCGGCCGGUACCUCGGCCGCCUCCUCGGUCUCCCCGACCGCCAGCAUCCUGGGCGCCCUCGUCCUCGCCGUCUCCGCCCUCUUUGCUAUCGUGGCCUAA